UUUGUUUUCUUUGAAAAGACCCCAAGCCGCACUACCUUUUAACCGUUUAUGACGUCGUUGUUCUACUGACAUGGUUGUGUUUAUAGAACAACAAGUUUCCCGGGGCUGCUGAACAGGUCGUCACGGCCGAACGCUCAGCGGCCAUGCGGGAUUUCUUACUAAAGCUAGCGAGUUGUUGGUGCCUGUCUAAGGACGGAAAGGUGUAUCCAGGAGAUGAGAAGACAGGAGGAGAUGUAAAGGGGAUUUCUGCAAACGCCGAGGAAGGUAGAGAGGAUAUUUCUGUAGAUGCUACACAGGAGGAAACGAGACAGAGAGACAACACAGUGAAAAAGUGUCCAUCUGCCCCGAUGUCCCAGCCAAGGCCGAGCAAGUCGUCAUCCGACGUUUUAGUUCAGCUGCGAGAAGAGGGUGUGUUACCUCUGACAUGUCAGGGGGACUCCGUGGCCCUCGAUGUGCCGGCCGAGGAGCCAACUUCUCCGUCCAAGCGUCAGUCGCGUCGCCCGAUAAAGCUGGAGAAGUUGGAGGAGAGGCUGGAGGAGAAGCGGAGGAAGCUCCAGAUGAAAUCGGCAGGGUCAGGGACUGAACUGGAGAGACAGCUCAGUAACGCAGACGUCAGGAGACGGGAGAUUCUGACAGAAAGAUCCCGCAAACUUGCAAACCGUGCAGCUGAGCAGAAGUCAUCUGGGACACCUGUCGCCCUGACGUCUGCGAGUGACUCUGACGUCAUUGCUACACGCGAGAGCCGGGAGUUGAAGGCCCUGGAGAAGCGGCUGGCCUGGAGGAAGGCCCGUGUGGCGAAGAAGUCUUCCUUGGAUGGCCUACAGAGGCGUCAGGCAGACGCUUUAGAACACCGCAAGAUUCAGGCGGACGCUACUGUUGUCAAGGCCAUGUUCGCGGCCAGCAGCAACCUCAGCCCUGUGUCAGAGGAGCAGCAGAAUUGAGUCUUGAACCAAGAAACCCUGGAGACAUACGAGCCAAACGACUCCAACUACGAGUGUGUCUUAUAAGCGGCAGUCGAAUUCGGAUUGUCAAUAAAGCUUCAGAUCACACAACUCA